AUGUUGGACCGGCAGGGGCAGCCUGCCAAUCACAUUCUGGCCUUCAAUAAGCCCGCCAUCGCCAAGGAUGUGACUUUGCCAAAGGGGGGUUCCUCUUCUCGGCAGACCAUUUUCCCUAAGCGUACAGCAUCGGGGCUGGUUUCGGGCUGCGAAGUCGCAAUGAGUGGAAGGCCAUCUCUUCAUCACUCUUCGCGGUCUGAAACCGAUCCAUCUGUUUCCCAGAGUGAGGAAACCAACCUUUCUCCCCAUGACGCAGCUGCGCUCAAGAGUAGAGAAGUCUCGCCUUCUACCCCACUUGAGACCAAGGGCUUCGGCACAUACGGGAGCGCAUCACGAAUCGUAUCAGACCAGCCAUUGAACGCUAAAGUUGCCAUUCCUCGGCUUGAUCUUCCACUUGCAAAUAGUUCUGGUCGAGAGGCAAACGUUCUUUGUCUUUAUGUGGAUGGAAAACGAGAGAGAAAUGCCAAGUUUGUUACCCUGCUCGAUCCUCAACUCAAAUACUACGAAUCCCUCGUCCGCGAUAUUUAUCCUAAAUUUGACACCGAACUCGCGAGAGUUGUCGACCAAGCCCUCGAGAAAAUCUCAAGCCUUUCCCUCUCCUCGCCGACCGUCGCCAAAACGCCAGAUGACACGGAUCUGUCGACGCCCACAAACCCCUUCCUGGAUCACACUCUUGAGGAUUUCAAUGGGGACAGUUCUCUACAAGUGAUUGGGUUUGUAGGCGAACAUUCGGCGACAGUAUGGCUAUACAGACUCAAACUCUUGAUCAAUCAAACAGCCCCGAGCACAGACGGUCAAUCUGAGCAAUCUGCCCAUCCAUCGUUGUCAUCCUGCGGACUCUUCAUGGAUGAGUUGGUUAUUCCGUCAACAAACGAUCCUGAUGUCUUCGCAUGUCCCCCACAACCCAUUGCCGACGAACUCGUAGAUAGGUACUUCCAGGUUGCGCACGCUUCCUUUCCUAUCAUCGGCAAAGAAAUAUUUCUUAGCCAGUGCCGGUCAUUCUACUCGAACAUGACGACGCACCCUGGAAACAAGUGGAUGGCGCUAUUGAAUAUGGUGUUUGCGAUCGCCGCGAGACAUUCCGAGCUUGCGAGUGACGGCCCUCAGCCGGAUCGAAAUAACCACGCAAUAUAUUUUUCUCGGGCCUGGCGAUUGAUCAUGAGCGAGAAUGUCCUGCUGGAUCAUCCCAAUUUGCAACAGACGCAGGUAGAGGCAUUGGUGUCUCUCUAUAUGCUUUCCAUCGGGCAAGCCAAUAGGGCUUGGAGAUUAUGUGGUAUCGCAAUCCAGUCUGCGAUCGCGAUGGGUAUCCAUCUUCGUAGCGAAAGCACCACCAUCACUUACGUUUCCAAAGAAACGAGAUACCGGUUGUGGUGGGCACUGUAUCUAUUAGACACUGUGCUCUGUGUCAUGACCGGACGUAUGCCCAGGAUGCAACAGGAGCACUGCACGACCCCUUUGCCGGUGCCUUACAAGGAGGAGGAUUUUCGAGAUGAGCAUGUCAUGAAGCUCAUUUUGGACAAUCAAUAUCGCGGCCGUCUCAUAGCUUCUUUGCCCUCUUGCGACCCGUCGUUCUCCAACGAGAAUCUAGGACAAUCGCCCUCCCAACAGACCAUGCCUCAGGCUUUACCCCCACCACAGAUCCAGGCUAACGGUUCCUUGUACUUACUUUAUUCUAUUAACUUGGCAGCUGUGAUGAGAGAUGCCAUCAACCUGUUGUAUUCUCCUGAAGCUGGACGCAAAACCCAAAACGACACUGAGCUGGCAAUUACAUCGCUCAAUAACGCCGCCGACAAUUGGUUUGCCCGACUGCCUGAAACUUAUCGUUUCAUAGAGCCUCGAAUCGAUAGAGCAUUCGCUCGUCAACGUACGAGCUUAGCUUUCCAGUAUUAUUCGACGAAACUUGUCAUCUUACACCCCACCCUUCACGCCCUGGCUAGAGGGGAAGACAAUAUCAGUGAUCUGUACACUCAGAUGGCAACGAUCUGUGUCAAGUCGGCAUCUCAAAUGCUCGAUCUUCUACCUGACGAACCAAACAUCUCCUGGCUCUUGGGUUGUUCGCCAUGGUGGUGUGCCCUCCACUACCUCACCCAAAGCACCGUGGUUCUCUCGACGCAACUAUUCACUCAAAGCCGCCAACCACGACCUGGCGAACGAAACGAAACGUUGGAAAGAGUACAAAAAGCUCUGCGGUGGUUGGGCGAGUGCUCCAUAAAGGAUGGCUCCUUCCACCGGGCUUGGGGUAACUUUACGGAGCUCUUGUCACAAAGAUGUGGUUUAAGAUGA